CCUAAGUCACAACAAUAUUCGACAAUCUCGUCUUCAAAAAAAAAACCCUAAAAAUGGCUAACGGGCAAAUGAGAUCCGCGGUGUCACUACUUUUGGUUUUGAAUUUUUGCAUGUAUGCAAUUCUUUUAGGCAUCGGUGGUUGGGCGAUGAACCGAGCCAUCGACCAUGGUUUCAUCAUUGGUCCAGGAUUUAAUAAGCCGACUCAUUUUUCGCCAAUUCAAUUCCCAAUGGGAAAUGAAGCGACCGGAUUCUUUGUAACUUUCACUUUGAUCGCGGGUGUUGUUGGUAUUGCAUCGCUUUUAGCUGGACUUGACCAUUAUCGUUCUUGGGAUGCAACUAGCAGGCCUGCAGCAGUAUCUUCUGCCCUAAUUGCAUGGGCCCUUACUGUUCUUGCCAUGGGGUUUGCAUGGAAAGAAAUUGAACUCGAGGGAAGAAAUGUUCGUUUGAGAACUAUGGAGGCUUUUACGAUCAUCCUUUCAGCAACUCAACUCGUAUAUGUAGCCGCCCUUUAUGGGUGAUCAGCGUCUCGAGGGAUCGUCAAGAGAUCUCAUCGCGGUGUUGAAGAGUGUUCGUGUCUAUAGACUUGUGCUUGGAUUUGUCUAACUUAAUUUCCAUGUUAUGUUUUGUUUUUGUGUUUGUUCACAUUUUUAAUGAUAACUGAUAUGAUUGUAUUUGUACCUAUCUAUUUGAUUUAAUAAAAGAAAGUUGUUUUAUGUUUUUUAAA